AUGUCGAAUCUCAACUCGUGGGAAGACGAUCCUUCUGCUCAGGACGAGAAUCUUUCUCGGAGAGCGCAGCAGCAACUCAAUGUGAACGCUGGGCAGGGCCAGGGCCAACAAGGAGGAUUCCGCCCUGGUGCCUCCUCCUUCCAGCCUGGUGCCCAGUCAUUCCAGCCCGGUCAAGCAUACGGUGGUGGUUUUGCCAACCAGUAUCAGCAGCAGCAAUACUACCAGCAGGGCUAUUAUCCUCAGUACGGUCAGCAGCAACAGCAACAGCAAGGAUUCAACCAGUACAAUCAGCAAGGAGGAUAUGGCGGUGGCUUCAGCCAGAGUUAUAAUCAGGGAUAUGCUGGCGGUUAUCCCCAGUACGGCCAACAGCAAGGUCAGGGCCAGCAGCAGCAACCUGCGCAGACAGCUGCCCCUUCUGCUCCCGCAGCCGCAGCCGCAGCCGCAGCCGCACCAGCUGCCCCCAAGGUUCUAACCAAGGAGGGUGGAACCAAGGUUCUCAGCAUUGGUGGCGAUACUUCGGCUCCCAAGCCUAAGGCUAAGGUGCUUUCGAUUGGAGGAACAUCGACGCCAAAUAAAGACAAGGAAGAGGCGAAACGCGAGCCAUCGAACAAGCCAGAGGCAGGACAGAAAGCCACUGCCGCCAAAGCCAUCGAGAAGACUGGCGAGAAGGCCGGGAAGGCCGCCUCAUCAGGCAAGUCUUCUGGCAGGACGUCACCAACUCCAUCGUCUGGGAGGUCGAGCCCUUCUGGUCCUGGGGAGAAGAAAGCCCAGCGCGAAGCCGACGCUGUCAGCAAGGAACAAGCCGCCGAUGUUGAUGACGAAACUCUGAAGGAAGUCUACGGAAAGGAACAUGUCAACAUUAUUUUCAUUGGUCACGUCGACGCCGGCAAGUCUACACUGGGCGGUUCUAUUCUCUGGACCACCGGCAUGGUUGAUGAGAGAACGAUGGACAAAUACAAGAGAGAAGCAAAGGAUCUCGGCCGAGAGUCUUGGUAUCUGUCAUGGGUCAUGGACUUGACCAAGGAAGAGCGAUCCAAGGGCAAGACUGUCGAAGUUGGUCGAGGUUUCUUCGAAACCGAAAAGCGAAGAUACAGUAUUCUGGACGCCCCUGGGCAUAAGACCUAUGUGCCCAACAUGAUUGGAGGAGCCUCGCAGGCUGACGUUGGUAUUUUGGUCAUCUCCGCCCGUAAGGGUGAAUACGAGACUGGUUUCGAACGUGGAGGACAGACCCGUGAGCAUGCUAUGCUUGCCAAGACACAGGGUGUGAACAAGUUGAUUGUCGUCAUCAACAAAAUGGAUGACGCUACGGUCGAGUGGUCUAAGGAGCGCUAUACGGAAUGCACCACCAAGCUCUCUCAAUUCCUGAAAGGCACAGGCUACAACUUGAAGACGGAUGUCUUUUUCAUGCCUGUUGCCGCGCAAUCCUCCCUGAAUAUCAAGGAUCGCCUGCCCAAGGACAUUGCUCCAUGGUGGGAGGGCCCAUCUCUGCUCGAGUAUCUGGACGGCAUGAAUGCUCUUGAACGCAAGAUUAACGCACCAUUCAUGAUGCCCGUCAAUGCCAAAUACCGAGAUAUGGGCACUAUGGUUGAUGGCAAGAUUGAGGCUGGUGUUGUCAAGAAGGGCAUGACUCUCGUUAUGAUGCCUCGCAAGCAGAAUGUGGAAGUGUCUGCGCUUUACGGCGAGCAAGAGGAUGAAGUCUCGAUUCUGCAGUGCGGUGACCAAGUGCGAAUGCGUCUCAAGGGCGUGGAAGAGGAAGACAUUUUGCCUGGAUUCGUGCUCUGCUCGCCAAAGAGACUCGUCCACUGUGUGGCUGAGUUUGAGGCACAGAUUCGUAUCUUGGACUUGAAGAGUAUCUUGACUUCUGGGUUCAAUUGUGUUUUGCACGUUCACUCUGCCAUUGAAGAAGUCACUUUUGCGGCUUUGUUGCACAAGCUGCAGAAGGGUACCAACAGAAAGAGCAAGAACCCUCCUACACAUGCCAAGAGGGGAGACAGCAUCAUUGCACGCAUGCAAGUGAUUGGUGGCGCUGGAUCUGUUUGCGUGGAGAAGUUUGAUGAUUAUCCCCAGAUGGGCCGUUUCACUCUUCGUGACCAGGGCCAAACAAUUGCCAUUGGCAAGAUCACUAAGCUGAUUACCGAAGGCUCAGAGUAA